GUGGUAGUUGGUGUUCGUGUUAUGUCAGUUAAUAGAAAAAAAAUGGAGAAAGUGUGAAGAAGAGCGAUUGAUUGUGCUUGUAUUGUAGAGUGAAGUGUCUCUGGAAAAUGUUUAUCAUCACUUCAAAUUCCACUCCCACUUGGUUGUUUUCUAACUCAGUUUCACCUUUGUCUCUAUCUUCUCCAUAUUCCUCCAUCAAAAUCGUUAAAAGCUUGAAGCUUUUGAACAUAGUUGACGCCCCGUUUGCUGUUCCAGAAAAAAAUGGAAGCAAAAGAAGAAGAAGAAGAAAAUGGGGAGCAAUUGAUGGAAGUGGCGAGAAGCAAUCCGUUACUGUAGCAAUUGAUGGAAGUGAUGAUGAUGAUGAUGAUAACGGUGUUGAUUCAGCUUCAGCUGUGGUGAGGAAUUUCUAUGGAGGAAUCAACGCGCAUGACGUGGAUUCUGUUGAGUACCUUAUCGCAGAGAAUUGUGUGUACGAGGAUCUUGUCUUUCCCCAACCCUUUGUGGGUCGUAAGGAAAUUCUUGAGUUCUUCAAAAAAUUCACCAAUUCUACCAGCAAAGAUCUGCAGUUUGUUAUUGAUGAUUUGUCUACCAAGGACCCCUCAUCCGUUGGGGUGAUAUGGCAUUUAGAAUGGAAGGGAAAACCUUUUCCCUUUAGCAAAGGUUGCAGUUUUUAUCGUCUGGAGGUGAUCAAUGGCAGAAGACAAAUAACAUAUGGGCGAGACUGUGUUGAACCUGCAAUCAAACCUGUCGUUUGUUAUUUUCCAUUAAUCAUAUAUAAACAAGUAAGAUGUAAGAAUAAUAAUUAAAGAUAGGAAAUAUGAAAUCUUGAAUAUUUUUUUAAUAAUUCUUUAAAUAAAGUAAUCGCGCAUUUAUUUUUUCCUUUUUUUGGUAACCGACCGUGAGAGAGAAAGAGAGAUAUUGGCGCCCCUCUCUCUUUCUUUCUUUCUCCGCCAAGGCGCCACAACAUUGUGCGCUGUCUACCUCCGCUCCUUUCUUUCUUCUUCCACUCUUUCUCCGAUCUGCAUUUCUGUAUUUGCCAUUCUCUUUAGAUGCCUCUUUUC